GGGCCCCCGGGGGUGCGGGGGGUCUGUCGGUCCCUCCCCGGGGCGGUCCCUGCGCUCUGCUCCGCUCCCCGCUCGCUGUCACAUUCCUGCCGCCUGAGUCAGGCCCGGAGGCGGCGGCGGCACCAGGAAGCGCCGGGCCCGGGCCAUGUAACCGAGCCGAGCCGAGCAGAUCCCGGCCCGGCGCGGCCAUGGGGGACGGGGCAGAGGAGGAGACGGUGGAGCUGCCGCUCACGGACGCGAACCUGACUGGCCAUGAAGAAAAAGUUGGCAUGGAGAACUUUGAACUGCUCAAGGUGCUGGGGACUGGAGCCUACGGAAAAGUGUUCCUGGUGCGCAAGAUGACAGGCCAUGACGUGGGGAAGCUGUAUGCCAUGAAAGUGCUGCGCAAGGCGGCCAUUGUGCAGAAGGCCAAGACCACAGAGCACACACGCACUGAGCGGACCGUGCUGGAGCAUGUGCGGGCAUCGCCCUUUCUAGUGACCCUGCACUAUGCCUUCCAGACUGGCUCCAAGCUGCACCUCAUCCUGGACUACGUGAGUGGUGGGGAGCUCUUCACCCAUCUGUACCAGCGCGAUCAUUUCAAGGAGGAUGAGGUGCGGAUCUACGCCGGGGAGAUCGUGCUGGCACUGGAGCAUCUGCACAAGCUGGGCAUCAUCUAUCGGGAUGUGAAGCUGGAAAACAUCCUGCUGGACAGCGAAGGGCACGUGGUGCUCACUGACUUUGGCCUCAGCAAGGAGUUCCUCACUGAGGAGAAAGAUCGCACCUUCUCCUUCUGCGGCACCAUUGAGUACAUGGCCCCCGAGAUCAUCCGCAGCAAGUCAGGGCAUGGGAAGUCCGUCGACUGGUGGAGCCUGGGGAUCCUGAUAUUUGAGCUGCUGACGGGGGCUUCGCCCUUUACACUGGAGGGGGAGAAGAACACGCAGGCCGAAGUGUCCAGACGCAUCCUCAAGUGCCAGCCCCCGUUCCCAACUGUGAUUGGCCCCGUGGCCCGCGACCUGCUGCAGAAGCUACUGUGCAAGGACCCCAAGAAACGCCUGGGCUCGGGGCCCAAUGGGGCGCAGGACAUCAAGGAGCACCCCUUCUUCAAGGACCUGGACUGGGUGGAAUUGGCCGCACGGCGGGUGAAGGCUCCAUUCAAACCCAUCGUCCGCAGUGAGCUGGACGUGCGCAACUUUGCCGAGGAGUUCACCCGCCUGGAGCCUGUGUACUCGCCCGCUGGGACCCCCCCCAACCUGGACCGCGUCUUCCAGGGCUACUCCUUCAUCGCUCCCUCCAUCCUGUUCAACCACAACGCCGUCACCACAGAUGUGCUGGAGCUGGAGCUGGCGCUGAGCGGGGAGCGCCCGGGCAGUGCUGCCGUGGCACGCAGCGCCAUGAUGAAGGACUCUUCAUUCUUCCAGCUCUAUGACAUGGACCUGAAGGAGGCAGCGCUGGGUGAGGGCAGCUUCUCGGUGUGUCGCCGAUGUCAGCAGCGCCAGAGUGGCACCGAAUUCGCCGUCAAGAUCAUCAGCAAGAGGAUGGAGGUGAACACCCAGAGGGAGGUGAUGGCUUUGCAGCUGUGUGAGUCUCACCCCAACAUCGUCAAACUACACGAGGUGCAUCAUGACCAGUACCACACGUACCUGGUGAUGGAGCUGCUGCGGGGGGGUGAGCUCUUUGACCGCAUCAAGAAGAAGCAGCAUUUCAGUGAGUCGGAGGCCAGUCAGAUCAUGCGCAGCCUGGUGUCAGCCGUCAGCUUCAUGCACGACGUUGGCGUGGUGCACCGGGACCUCAAACCUGAGAACAUCCUAUAUGCUGACGAGUCAGAGGGUGCCCCAGUGAAAGUGAUUGACUUCGGCUUUGCCCGCCUGCGCCCCUCGGGCUCACAGCCCAUGCAGACGCCUUGCUUCACGCUGCAAUACGCCGCCCCUGAGCUCUUCACCGACGAGGGCUAUGAUGAGUCCUGCGACCUCUGGAGCCUCGGUGUCAUCCUGUACACCAUGCUGUCCGGACAGGUGCCCUUCCAGAGCAGCCAGGAGGGCGGCGCGCUGACCCAUGCGGCUGAGAUCAUGCACAAGAUCAAGGAGGGGCAGUUCUCACUGGAGGGCGAGGCCUGGAGGGGGGUCUCUGAGGAGGCCAAAGAGCUGGUCAGAGGGCUGCUGACCGUGGACCCUUCCAAGCGGCUGAAGAUGUCGACUUUGCGCUACAGCGAAUGGCUGCAGGAUGGCAGCGCCCUCUCCUCCACCCCGCUCAUGACCCCUGACAUCCUGGAGUCCUCAGGGCCCGCCGUGCGCUCAGGGGUCAACGCCGCCUUCAUGGCCUUCAACAAAGGCAAGCGCGAGGGCUUCUUCCUGAAGAGUGUGGAGAACGCCCCCCUGGCCAAGCGCCGCAAGCUCAAGAUGUCGAGCACAGGGGCCGAGGCCCGGCGCAGUUCCUCCUCUUCCUCCUCCUCUGGCUCCUCCUCAGCACUCCCCGCCCGGCCCCCCCGCCCCAAACCACCUGGCCGCCGCCACAACCCCCCCUCGUAGCACCUGUGGGGCAGGGAGAGGGGGGCUAUUUAUUGUCUCUGUUGCUUGUGGGGGAGAAUGUGGGCGGGUAUCUCAUUUGGGGUUUUUUAGGGGGGGAUGAGCCUCUUUGGGGGGCAUUCUGCUCCCCCCUCCCAUUUGGACGUGUUUUUUCAUUCAUCUUGUUUUUGUUUUUUUCAUUUUGAUUUAAACCUGGAGGUUGCCCUGUGUAUGUCUGGGGGCCAUAAGGGGUUGUCUCUGUGUGACAGAAAUGUGAAGUCCCCCAGGAGCUAAAGUGGGGGUGAUCUUUGGGUUGACAGAUAAGUGGGGCAGGCCUGGGGUGAUGAUGGGUGGUGUUUUGUGGGGCAGGUGUGGGGGCCAUAGGGCAAGGAGGUGUCUCUGGGGUGGAUGCACAUGCCUGUGGAGCUGUUCUAAGACACAUACCCCCCUUGGCUUCCAGGUCAGACUAGGGUCCAUCUCUGCCACAACAGUUCAGGGUUGCCCCACCCCACCCCACCACUGUUGCAGGGGAAGGGGAAGCUGUUCCCUACAGGGGAUGGAGAUUCUGUGAGUACUGCCACCACCACCCCUUAAGAUCUGAGGGCAGGUCCCUUCAGCCAGGCUCUGGGGCUGGAAUGAGAAGUGAAGGUCAGACCGGUAGGGUCACCUUAGCCCAGCCAAAGAGGGGGGGCGGGUUACUGGAUUCUAUAUUUUAUUUCUUUUAAUCCUUUUCUUUUGGGGGGAGGGUGGACGGGUGGGCAGGCAGGCACCACAGGGCACCAUCUCCCCUCAGGGCUGCCUGCUGCGGGAGAGCCCCAGCACAAGGGGCCAGGCCCAGCUGAUGUCCCAAUCAAUGUCUCCCCCAUCUCCCAGAUCCAUUGCUAAUCUGAUACCCCUGCUGUAGGGGAAUGGGGCAGGACCCCCAUUAAGCAAUGGAGCACAUGGGAGGGAGUGAACAGUACCCCACAUUUAGUCCCUGCAAGGGAGGGGCUAGAAUUGCACCCCCUGGAUAAGAUUGGAGUGUGGGGAGAAGGAAAGGGAAGAGUUUUUUUUAUUAAGAGACAGAAAUUUCUAUCUAUUUUUAAACUAAAAAUGUUGGGGGUGGGUGCUUGGGGUGGUCUCAGAGUACAGCCCCCCUCCUCCCCAGCUGGGAGUGAGGCUAAAGCUAGCCACCACCCAAGCAAAUUAAUUCCUAGACCGUCCCUUCAGAGCGAGCCAGAUGAAGGGGAAGCAUGGGCAGAAAAAGCUUACUGGGGGGGACGACUAGUUUAGACUUGGGGAUGGGGGGGCCUGAAUCAGUCACUUUAAGGGGUGUUUGUGCAAUUGCCUCCUCCAAAGAUUGAGGUGGGUGGGGGAAAGGAGGACAGGUCCCUAGGGGAGUCAGAGGCCAGAAUGGGGAACAGGGGCCUUGGGUUCAUCCCACUUCCUGGGUGCUGCCAUCUUUUGUGUUCCUCUCCCCGCCCCCUCCCCCUUUAGGUGUGCGGGAAGGGCUGGCUAGUGUCUGUUCCUGCAGCUGCCCUUUCCCGACCCCCGUCUAUCCGACUCACCGCCCCAGUUGGGGUUGGAUAGGAGUUGGGGCUCUGAGCAUCCCCCCGCAGCUUCCUGGUUUCUGUCCCUUGGGAGCAGCUAAGACUCAGGGGCUGAGGAUUUCGGGAUGUGGGCAGUUGUCCGAGGCCCCCCGUGCAACUGCACUUAGAAGGGAGGGGCGGGGCCCCAAUCUUUAGGAUGACGUGGGAUUGGGGGGACCCCAAGCUCCUGCUGCUCCGCCCAGGGGGCCGCCUCUCAUCUGUCUGAGCGAACCACCUGUAUUUUGUAUUUGAGAAUAAAACUCCUCUGACGCCA